UGCACAUUAUGUACGUCAUUUGUUGUGUGGACAAUAAUGGCGGCGGAAGGCACCGACGACUUGAGCAACAACGGGCAUCUGACAAACCCUUCAGGGUUGUAUGAUCCUGAGGUUGCAGAACUUCCCAAUUCAGAUGCUAUUGGGUCAGAGGAGAGUGCUGGUGAUGGGGGAGACAUGAGCGUCCCAACAGUAUCCUAUGUGGCAGAAGGUGAGGAGGAGGGAGAAGGAGAGUUACCAGCAGAAUUCGAGAGACUUUGGAAGCUGACCAGCGACAAUCCUCUUGAUUUCAACAGCUGGACUGAUCUUCUGCAGUAUUGUGAACAAGAGGGCCACACGAGGGCUUGUCGUCAAUCCCUGAAUGCAUUUCUGGUUAGGUACCCUCUGUGUUAUGGUUAUUGGAAAAAAUUUGCAGAUCUCGAGAGACAAGCUGGUCACAACAACAAAGCUGAAAAUGUGUGUGAACAAGGUUUGAAGGCGAUCCCUCUCAGUGUUGAUCUAUGGAUCCACUAUGUCAACCUGCUGCUGGGAACACUCAACAUGAACCUGCCUGAGUCAGCACAGCGCAUCCGCUGUGUGUUUGAGGAGGCAGUGGCAGCCGCUGGCUGGGACUUCCAUUCAGACAGGCUGUGGGAUCUGUAUGCCGAGUGGGAGAAGGAGCAGGGAAACCUAAAGGCCAUGACAGUGGUCUAUGAACGAGUACUGCGGGUCCCCACACAGUUUUACAACAUGCACUAUGAAAAACUAAAAACACACUUAACUUCCCACCCGCCGCAUGAGGUCCUGUCCCCAGAGGAGUACAGGAAGGUGAGGGCUGAGUACAAACAGAGCCAAAUUCAGGCCAAAAAAGAGAGAACUGAUAUUGCUGCAGAUGAAGAGGAGAGACCGCCAGGGGAGGAAGAGCCUGCAGACAACGGAAAGGACUCGGAAGAGGCAGUACAGAAGAUGCAGGAGCUUCUGUUGGCCUGCAGAGAGGAAGUGUACCAGCAAAAUGAGGCAGAAGUCAGGAAGAGAUGGAACUUUGAGGAUGCUAUUAAAAGGCCGUAUUUCCAUGUGAAGCCUCUGGACAGAGCCCAGCUGAAAGCCUGGCAGAGUUAUUUGGACUGGGAGAUGGCAGAGGCUGAGACGGCAGCGAUGGAUGUUGAAAAGACGUCUGUGGAAGGCCAGGAAAGCUCCAAAAAAGAGUGUGUAGCUGGACACGAGAGAGUACUGAUUCUGUAUGAGCGCUGUCUCAUUGCCUGUGCACUCUAUGAGGAAUUCUGGAAUAAAUAUGUGCAUUACCUGGAACCACGGUGUCUGGAGGAAGUGCGUAAUGUGUAUCGCAGAGCUUGUGAAAUCCAUCUUCCAUACAAACACAGUAUCCAUCUGCAGUGGUCCUCGUUCGAAGAAAAGCAUGGUAAUAUUUUAGAGGCACAGCGCAUUCUAGAGUCUCUGGAGACGAGAUUGCCUGGUUUGGCUGCGGUGCGUUUAAGGAUGAUAGGUUUGCAGAGGAGGGCAGGUCAUCUUGAUGUGGCGGAAUCGCUACUGAAGGAGGCACUGGAACAGAGUAAAGACAAUCCCUCACUCCAUGCCUUCUACUCGAUCAAACUUUCCCGCUUCCUUCUCAAGCUGUGCAAGAACCCAGCCAGGGCCCGCACUGUUCUACAGGAGGCCAUAGAGCUCAGUCCGGAUAACAGUAGGUUGUAUCAGAACCUUCUGGAUCUGGAGAUGUCAGGUGACCUGCGGGCUAAUGGUGGAGGGGUCCAACAGUGUGUGGCUAAAGCUCUUGCUGCUCCUCUCUCACCAAAGACCAAAAUCCUUUUCUCCCAACGUGGCCUGCAGUACGCUGAGGAUUUUGGGACUACAGUACAGAGUGUGUUGAGUAUGUAUGACGAGCACCAAAAGCUGCUAAAGGAGCACGAUGGAAAGAGAGGAGCAGAGAACGGUGAUAGUGACGAUCCAGAGAAGAUGAGUAAAAUGGAUGAUGGAUCUGCCAUGACGGUGCCUCCACAGACUGCUCCACCCACUAUGCCUCACGUUCCCAUGACAACACCACCUCCUCCUAUGAUGGGUGGAGACAUGUGUGGAUCGUAUGGAAGUUAUGGGAGCUGGUACCAGCAGCAGUACGGGGCAUACGGCAGCUACCAGAACCCUUGGAAUCAGUACAAUCAGUACUACCCUCAAAGCUAAACUUCUUUAGAGACUGAGGUCCGGGGCAUUGCUUCAUAUGAUCAACUCAAACAUCCUCAAUCUUCCCAAAUCAACAUAGGAAAGUGUCUAACUAUGAGCCAGUGUGCGUGGCAUCAAAACAAUGAGGGAUAAAAUGUAAAAGUUUUGAAAAUCUUAUCCUUUGUGGCUGUUACCUUGACGUACCCUAAAAAUUACUCUGUGCCACCUUUAGACUUAAAAUGUUUGUAUUGGUAGAUUUACAGUUUCAUGAUUGUUUUUUUUUUAGCCGCUUAUGUGUAAAUUAAAGCAACUUUUAUUAAAUCCAUGAAAUGUUUUAUGUGAAUGUUGACAAUUUUGUACAAAGUUUUUUUUAAAUGUUUUAAAAUGUGUUUAUUCUGUGCAGCCAACAUCUCAUUAUAAUAAAAUACAGUUAACAAAGUUGUUUUCUUAAAAUAUGCUUGUAAUGAUGCUUAUUAACUUAACUGACUUAAAUAUUUUGUAGUGAACUGUAGCAGUUGAGGAGUCCAUUGCAUCCUGAAUUGGUUAAUGUAUUUCUUAUUGUCACAUAAUUUUUUUUUAAUGAUUUAGAGGAAGCUUUAGAUUAAAUUCACUGUGCCUGGGUGCGUACUUUAAUGACAAAAGGUAUUAUAAUUGCUGAUUUCCCUUUUUCAGACAUGACUGUAAUCAAUGUCUUUCUAGCAAGUCAGUCCACUGUCGGCCAUCUUUGGAAUGCCCUCUGGAGACUAUUUCCAGUCAUGUCAGUGCAGCUCCUAUCUACUUGAGUGGGGGAACACCGAAAUCUCAAAAACGGUUGGUCAAGAUAUCCGAUCAAAGAACAUUUGAAAUCAGCAAUAAAAUGUGAUAAUAUUGGAAUUACAAAUUGUGCUGCUUUACAUAAUAUUACACUAAAAGCAUGCAAUUUUCCUUGCUUGUAUAGCCAAUGCGCAUACAUGUUAGCGAGUUGAUCCACAGGCAAUGUCUGUAUCUAAAAUGUGAUUUGGCACUUUUACCUGUAAAGCGGGACUUCCUUUCUACAGCAGUUGGCUGUUAGAGCUUCUUGGUUGGACUUUCAAUUUCACCCAUUCAUUUAAAUAGAAGUGGCCCGUCUCUGCUAUAAUUCAGAUCAUAAAAUUGGCGUUGCACAGGCUCUGACACCUGUCCGUUUACAAAGUCUGCAGCUGUGACAGUGUGUUAUCUCAGGACACUUAUUUCAUUCAUAUCUUUAAGGGAGUAGGAACAUUUUAUGCAUACCUUUUCAUGAAAAAAAAAAAUCGCUUACAGCAACUUUAAUGUCACUAGGCCUCAUUUAUGAAACUCAAACAGAAUCAAUUUUUGUUUAAAUAGUUUGUCAAACAAUUCUUAUAUAAAUAAUCACAUUGAAAUGAAAAGUUGUUCUGCUUGUUUCAUGAGGUUCUCUACAGCCAACAACACUCAAAUGCUCCUACUUGUUAACAGCUUCUGCCAACUUUCAAAUGCUAAAACUAAGAUCAGAUGAAUGAGACUGGUGUCGUAAUGUUUAUUCUUAAAAAUUAAGGCGUUUUUUUUUUUUUUU